UGCGGCGGCGCGCGGCACAACAUCACGCAACACCGGCGCGCGCCGACGUCCGCGAGCGAACCAUAGACACAACAAAACAAACGAGUCUGUAGGAUGUAAAAUAAACAAACCAGUGCCGCGCUCGGAAAAUUAAAAAAACAAAAACUUUUUUCACAGUGACAUUAAAAUGCGCGCGGUUUUCGUCUUGUGUGCCUGUGUGUGGGGUGCAGUGGGGCAGGACAUUAAUUCAAUGAGAACAAUGCCCAAAUACGACAGCCGAUAUGAUUAUUUGGAUGUGGACGCUAUACUGGACAGCAAGAGGCUGGUCAGGAACUACGUUGACUGCCUCAUUGCGAUCAAGCCAUGUACUCCUGAAGGGAAAGCGUUGAAAAGAAUACUGCCCGAGGCGCUCCGCACGAAGUGCAUCCGCUGCACGGACCGGCAGAAGCGCACGGCGGUGAAGGUGAUCAAGCGGCUCAAGUACGAAUACCCCUCCGAGUGGGCCAAGCUGUCGUGCCGCUGGGACCCGUCAGGGGACUUCACUAGGUUCUUCGAGGAGUUCCUGGCUAAGGAGGCCUUUAAUACUAUCUCCGGGACUGGUAACGAGCUCCCAGGCACGCUGACGUCACAGGCGACCCCGGCGCCCCCGCCCCCGCCGCCGCCCCCCGUGCCGGCGCUCUCGGCGAGGUUCCCCGAGGUGAUGGACACGGAACCCCCCACCGCUACCCCCAGAGUGGACUACUCCACCCCGCCGAGACCCGCCAUUUUGAACAGGUUCGGAGACGACGGUGAGCUGAUGCUGGGCAGUCCGUCCUCGGUGCCGCAGCGGCCCUCCAUGCGGCCCGACCCCACCGCCACCGCAAGACCCAUGCAGACCAGAGCAACACAAACGACCUGGUCCAGCUCUGCCUCAGACGCCGUGCCCACGAGGUUCCCUCUCCGGAACGACAUCCCACCGCCCUACUCCACAGCCAUCACAUUCAUCGACCAGAUCGGCUACAAGAUCAUACGGACCACGGAGCUAGUCACAGACAUCUUGAAGAACACGGUCCGAGCUGUGGUUGGACGGUAGAUUGCAAGAUGGUCGCGGUGACGGUUGCAUUUCUUGUGUACAGGGUGUGAAAGUGAUGUAAAUUGAACUACUUGAUCUACUGAUUGAACUGGACU